UCUCCGGUCCUUAGACUAAUCAUUCAUCGCCCCCCCCCCCCUCUCUCUCUCUCUCUCUCUCUACUGCAGAAAAUUAGGGCACGGACUUCAACUCCAGCUGGCGAUCGCACUCUGAGGCCCAUCCCGAUUUUUACCCCCUGACAGUGAUUUGGGAGCUCACUCGCUUGGGGAGUUCUGUCUCUUCCCACCGGAGGGUGCGUGAUCGACGGUCGUCUACAUGAAGGGCUCCUCGUGCAGAGGCCUCGAGGUGUUCGAUUUCAAGGAGGAGGACGAGGUCCCCGAGGAAUCAGCUCGCAAGCUUUUGGGGAAGUUCGGGAAACCUAGGGUCGACGACCACGCCGGCUUGAAGUACAAGUUCCUCGAAUGCGUCGCCCAUGGAUCCAAUCUUCAGAGUAAAAAUUCUGGGGAUUUGCCUUGUGUAGAUGUCGAUGAUCCUGAUGAGAAAAAUUGCACGAUGAAUGCUGCAUUGGGCAUGGGAGGGGGCAGUCCUAUCAAAGAAUCAAGCGCCACUGUCACUUUUGCUAUGCAAUUUGAUUCUUUAGGUGAUGGACUGGACACUUACUGCAGGAUAGAUAAUCAAGAAUAUAGGAGUUCAUGUUCUGAAGAAGAGAUGAGGACUUCAAGUCCUAAUGCAUCUUCACCUGGGGAAAGUCCAUCCAAUAGUGCCCUCUCAGAGUCUCCAUCCAACGACAAGUCUGUUGAUCUGAAUUCUGAUGCUGAGAAUGCUAAUGAGCAAGCCUCUACUUCAGAUAUUGAAGAAGAUGGUUCUUUAAAUGGCCAUGCAUCAAACUUUCAUGUGGACAGCAUGGAAUUGGUUGGCACAAAUGGGGCGCUUGUGGUUUUUCCUGAAUACGUCAUAUACAGGGCCAAUUACUACAUGGAGCCCGUUCUUAGCUUUUCUCGAACUUGUGUGAAAAUUGAGGGUUCGACCACUCAUGGAAAAGAAAGAGGCUUGACCCUUGAAUGUUCUGUAGAUGAUAUUGUCAAUAUUUCAUGUCAGUGGUUUAACAAAGUUGAAACAGUCUUGAUCAAGUUGCAUCUGAUCUCCAAGGAUGCAACGCAAGCUGAUAGCACGAACAGCUCUUCUGGUAUUGAGGAGUUGAAAUUUGCUGUUGUUGAUCCAAACUGGUUUAAGAAGCAGGAUGUUAUAACGGCCUUGAAUGUGAAAUAUUCAAGUAUAUGGGACUUUGUAAUCGCUACUGACACAGGGAUGGAUGUUGUUGACGUGAGCCAUCAGAAGCGUUAUUUUCCUAAUUUUGAUGAGCCUUUUGAAGAGCUUAUCUACCCAAAGGGGGAUUCAGAUGCCGUGUCAAUCAGUAAAAGAGAUGUUGAUUUACUACAACCGGAGACAUUUAUCAAUGAUACCAUUAUUGAUUUUUACAUCAAGUACUUGAAGAAGCAAAUCCACCAAGAAGAUAUGCACAGAUUCCACUUUUUCAAUAGCUUUUUUUUUAGGAAGCUUGCGGAUAUGGACAAAGAUCCGUCUAGUGCUUGCGAUGGCAGGGCAGCUUUUCUACGUGUUCGUAAAUGGACCAGGAAAAUCAAUUUAUUUGAGAAGGAUUACAUCUUCAUUCCUGUGAACUUCAAUCUCCAUUGGAGCUUGAUUGUCAUCUGUCACCCUGGCGAGGUUGCUAGUUUUAGUGAUGAAGACUUGACCAAGGCCGCUAAAGUACCAUGUAUAUUGCACAUGGACUCAAUUAGAGGAAGCCAUACGGGUCUCAAGAAUCUAGUUCAAAGUUAUUUGUGGGAGGAGUGGAAAGAAAAGGGAAAUGACGCAUCCGAGCACCCCUCCUCAAAAUUCUCCAAUAUGCGAUUUGUGCCUCUUGAUCUGCCACAGCAGGAAAAUUCAUUCGAUUGUGGCCUCUUUUUGCUACAUUAUCUGGAGCUCUUCUUGGCGGAAGCCCCUCCUACUUUCAACCCUACCAAGAUUUCCAAAUUCUCUAGAUAUCUCAACGUGGAUUGGUUCCAACCUAUGGAGGCAUCUUUCAAGCGCACCCUCAUUCAGAAACUGAUUUACGAACUUCUCAACGGGCAGUCUCGGAAUGCUUCUCCGGAUUAUUCCAGUGAUAAACCCCAGUCCCCUGAAAUUCUUGAAACAAAGGUCGAAAAUAGAUAUAGUGGCAACUCUCUUGCUGGGACAUCCAACCCUAUCAUAUCUUGUCAUUCAGUUCCUCAAGCGGACAAGGGGAUUGAAAUCGAUCUGCUAGUGGACCCUUCUGUCAGGAAUGCUCAGUGUGGUAGUAAUGAGUCAGGCCUUGUUCUCAGAGAGCUAUUCGAGCCAGGAACUUCUGGGGGAUCAUUUCUUGGGCAUUGCCAGUCUUUCAAUGAGCAAUCAUAUUACCCCCUUGAUAAUGGUGUCUCGGCAAUGGAGGCAGAGGAUGCAGAAAUUGGUGCACAAUUCGACUAUGUGCCUUACGGGACUUGUGAAGAAACUGAUUUCAGGGAAAUGGGCAGAAGCUCACCUCAAGCUGAUGGGGUCCCUUACUCAGAUGAUGGUGGUUUCACAGGACCCCAUCAUACUUGGAAAUCUGAAAUAUCUCUGAUGGGAGAGGAGGAAGACAGGGUUGAAUCCCUGGAGACAUCAGCUCAUAUUGUAGAAGAUUCGGAGGAGAUAAAAGUACUGGAAAAUACUAAUCAUGGAGAUGAAGCUACUAGUCCUAGUGGAAAGUUCAAUACGGACGAGCAUCCCUCCCCCUUAGCGGAAAACCGGGAGGAACCAAAAGAACAGGAGCUAGUUGCUUCUGCCUCAUGUGCUGGCCCAUUGGAGACUCAGAUCAUAUUAGGUUCCCAGGGUCUGGACGAUGGAAUGCAUGUCAAAAGUACUCCUGAGCCUGAGAAUGUUGGCUCACCCCAACAUAGACCUGCGGAGUCAUCACAGAUAGGUGCCGAUCUGAAUGGAAGUGAACCAGCUCAAGAUUCGGAGGAGGGUGCUGAUGUAGUCAGAGAGGAAGCAGUGGAAGCUCCCGCAGCUGUGGUCGAGAUGGGUGAUCAGGAGGAGGUUACUGAGCUGACGGAAGAGGAGCGUGAUGCCAAGAGGAGGAGGAUCAACCCUCCGCUCAAAGGUGAGGAAGGGCCCACCAGUGAUGUGUCUGAGGAUCUCCAUUUGUGAGAGGCGCACGGGAGGGAAUGGAAAGAAAGGGAAGAAUGGAAUGAAUCUCAGUUGGUAGCUAGCUUUUAAAACGUGCCUUUUGAUUCUAACCAGCCUUUUGCUCUGUCAUUUAUGUGGAAAGCCAUGAAAAUACAUCAUAUGCUCAUUUUGUGAAUAUUCUAGGGCACCCUACAUCAUAUAUACAUACAGUAGUGAUUUAGUAUCUUAUGAGUGGCCUCACGAAAGGCGAUAUUCAAUCUCUUCAUUCCA